UUCUUUAAGGCUCCGUUUGGAUGUUGAUAUUGGAGAGCUUGGCAUUGUAUUGGUUUCAAUACCAAAUCAGGCUAGAAAUUGAAAUUGGCAUCCUCCUCCACCCCCAGCAUGGCCAUGGCCUCGGCAUCCUCCUCUGCGCAGCCCUCACCCCGUCAUCCUCCUCCUCUAGCAUGGCAAUGGCAGAUCUCAAGUGGCUGGGGCGGACCUUGUCAUCCUCCGCCGUGCGCUUGCGGCUCGCUGUCCCCCUCCGCACCUCGCUCGUCUUGCGGAGGUGGGCAUGGGAGGGGCGGAACAGCUCGCCGUGCGGAAAGGGAAGGGAAGAGGUGGCUUGGCUCGCUGGUCGGAGAGGAGGCACGGGUAGGGCGCGGCUGCUCACAGCGCAGAUAGGGCAGGAGAAGGGCGGCAGCCCACUAGCCGGAGAAGAGGCAAGGAAGGGGUGGCACAGCUUGCUGUGUCGAAGAGGGAAGGGGAAGAGGCGGGACGGCCCGCUGGUCGGAGAGGCAGACAGGGAAAGGUGAGCACGACUCGCUGGA